CGUACAUGUACAUUUGUUAGCAUCUCAGCUUGUGGUGAAAACUCCCGUCGUAUUCCGUCGUCACGUCGGUAUCUUUGUUCGAAAGGCCUUUUAUGUUAAGCGAAAACGCGUAGGCACUACCCCGUUGAUAGUUGGGUGCAUCUGUAUCAGGUAACAAAAUGCCGUCUGCGGUACAACAGUGCUGCCUUCUGGUCUGGACGGUUCUGUGCGUCCAUACCAGCAUGACCCAUGGCCAAGUACCGACCUUUGAUAAGUCUCCGUGUGUUGAUGACAUUUACGCUGAGCCCGGAUCGGCGUCGUUUGUGGAGGGGAUUGUAUGGGUCAUUCCAAGUGCCAAAGAUCAAAACAAAAAACCAGCAGCCGUAACCUGUGACAAAGACGUCGGGACUGACAAGUUUGAAGCCGGUUCAACGGUAGUCACUUGCACAGCAGUCGACACCAGCGACAGAGCAUUGACGGCAGAGUGUAGUUUCACCAUUCAUGUGUUUCCCAAGUUUACAGUCGGCUGCCCCUCUCCUAUCAUCCAGAAUGAUACCGAGGCUUAUUUUGACACUCCAACUGCCGUUGGUUCGGGAGGGAAAUCCGUAGAUGUCCUGUGCAACACGAAGAGCGGUGACCCCCUUUCUGAUCCUUUAACCACAGUGACAUGUACAGCAACUGAUACUGACAGAAACUUAAAUGCUAGCUGUUCAUUUACUGUGACAAUUGGCAUUCCUCCGACAUUUGACCUAAGCCCAAAUUGUGAGGAAUCUUACAAUGUUGCACCAACUGCUGGCAAAAAUGAGGCAGAGGUAGUUUCUUGGCCUGAGCGGACAGCCAAGGACGCCAGUGGCGGUGUCGCAAAUGUGGAGUGUAAACCAGCUAGUGGGGCGACAUUCAGUGGUGGGGAAACAAAUGUUACAUGCACAGCACAGGAUUCUUCGAUAUCAACUCUGAUAACUACGUGUGAUUUUAAAGUUCGCGUCUAUCCUAUCUUUACCACCGGCUGCCCGGCUGCCAUAGUACAGGCAAAUGGCAGUGCCGUAGAUUUCCCAAUGCCGGUCGCGACUGACUCUGUUGGGACAGCCCCUGAUGUUACCUGUGAUUAUAAUCCGGGUAAUGGGUUCGCUGAAGGAGUGACAGCUGUUACCUGCUCAGCUAACGAUAGUGUGCAGGCAGGACAGAGUGUUUCUUGUUCUUUCAAUGUCACAAUUGGUAAAGCUCCGAUAUUUGAUCCUGACCCGGACUGCACCAGAGAUUUCAUCGUCUCACCCAACGACGGCAUAGAUGCCAGCAACGUGGACUAUCCCGAGCGGACAGCGACACAAGCUGAUAACACCAAAGCAACUGUGCAAUGUGAGCCUGCAAGUGGAACCAGGUUUCAAGGAGGCGAUACUAAUGUUACCUGCAGUGCAACUGAUACGAAUGUGCCGACCUUGAUAACUACAUGCAGCUUCAAAGUCAGAGUUUAUCCAAAAUUUGAGAAUGUUUGUCCUGAAUUUAUCAACCAAGUACCGGAUCCUGAUGACUACGUAGCAACAGUAGCCUUCCUGAAUCCAACUGCAAUAGACAAAGAUGGCAACGAGGUCACUGUGACCUGUGACCCUCCAUCCGGCAGCCAAUUUGAAGGCACGAAGACUACUGUGGAAUGCAUAGCCGAACAGUCAGCAACCGAAAAUGCCACUUGUGUCACCUCUGUGGGUGUGGUGCCGGCAUUAAGUAACCCAGUUCAGGACAUCGACCAAGGUCCAGAUCUUGGACAACAAACAGCUGUAGUUAGCUGGAAUCUGCCAACUUCAACACUCCCAGGAGACCAGCAAGGCGAAGUCAAGUGCACGCCGGAGUCCGGCUUUACGUUUCCCCCGGGUGAGACGGAUGUCAAGUGUGUGGCCCCGUAUGAAUUGCCAGUUUCAGGCACUGUGGUGGAGGCAAUCAACUUUUUCAAAGUUAGAGUGUAUCCAAUCAUAACCUGCCCCAGUGAUGUAAUCGCUACUCCAGACGACUCCCCUCCAACUACUCCAGUGGAAUACCAGAAAGCGACAGCUGUAGGCUCGAUGGAGUCUGAAAUCAGCGUUACCUGUGAGCCGGACGUUGGUUCCGAGUUCCCAAAUAACAAUGCAACUAAAGUAACCUGUAAUACCACGGAUCCAGUGACUGGAAAUGAGGCUACAUGUUCGUUCUUGGUCACUGUUGGUGAAGUUCCAACCUUUAAUGCCACACCGUGCCACGAUCAAGUUAACGUGCCACCAGACCCAUACGGCAGCACAGCUUCCAAAGUCUCUUGGGAAGAUCCAACAGCAGUCGACAGCGACAACAACGUAGUCGAUGUCACUUGCGAGCCUGUCAGUGGCACCACUGAUUUUGAUGCUGGAGCAACAGAGGUAACAUGCACUGCGGUUGACGGCACAUUGGACAGUCUCAUCAACACCUGCAAAUUUGAUGUAUUCGUGUCACCCACCUUCAAUGUGAGUUGCAGUGACGAUCUGGUCGUGAAAGGAAGCGAGGCCGUCGUAUCCCCUGACUGGCUUCGUGCCAAAGGUAACACGGACACCACCGGAGAGCUUGCCGUUGUCGAGUGCGACAGGGAGGCCGGGUCAGUUCUCGCUGAAAAUGUCACCGUGAUCACUUGCACUGCUACAGAUGCCGGGACAAGUUUCACCACAAACUGUUCCUUCACGGUCACUGUUGAUGCUGAACCGCCAACUAUGGAUUGCCCAUCUGGAACCUCCCUACCGGUUGAUCCGGGUAAAAAUACAGCCACUUACACAUGGACUGUGAACGUGACAGACGACAACCCCCCAGCUGACGGUUUAACAGCUCUCUGCAUACCGCCUUCAGGUUCCAUCUUUGAAUACGGAAUGACAGAGGUCAUCUGCUCUGCUGUUGACGUAGCUAACAAUAUAGGAACGUGCACCUUUGAGGUCAACGUCACAAGUACAGAAUGCUCGCCCAACAACUGCACAGACAAUUCGAACUGCAUAAUCGAUGAAAGCGGCCAGGCAGAAUGCAGGUGCAGAGAGGGAUUCUCAGGCAUUCCGUGUGAAAACAUAAAUGAAUGUGAAGUCGAUAAACCCUGCCACACCAAUGCAGACUGCAAGGACUUGAAGCCACCUGAGUUCUUCAGCUGCACCUGCAAAGAGGGAUUCUACGGUGAUGGCAUAGACAGUUGCGAACGUUACAUUGAACCAGAGUACCCUGAUAUUCCAGGGUCCGUUGACUUCGAGAAAAAGUUUGCUUUGGAGCUUGCCAUUUCAAAUUCUUCAACGUACGGAUGUGACCCGGAGAAUGAGAAUGACAAGAUGUCCCCCCAGUGCUUUGGACUUGUAAAUAUAUUCAAGGGACUUAUCGAGCCACUGUACAGGCAAGUGUCAUCCAGCAGCUUCAAGGCCAUCAUAGUAGACCAGUCAGCAAUCAAGAAGGGUAGUGUGGUCAUUCCGCACACAGUGACCUACAACUACGGCAAUGUAGAAGUUCGGGGCAUUGGAUCGGCCGAGUUUCUCCGGAAAUCGACGCUGGCGACUUUGCUCAAGGCAGGUGCUAUUGGGAGCUUGGAGCUGCAGGACUGCGCAGAGUGUGGUAAUCCCAAAGAUGUCACUGACGUUUGCACAGGUGUGGAUAAAAAUGGGAUCACUUGCACAGGCAAACGGGUGCUGUAUGAGGAAAAGUCCAGUGACCAUUGCAUUCUCAAAUGCGUGUCCACCUGUGUCGCUGAGCCCAAGUACUGUGCUGCUGGGGUCUGUACCCAGGAGUUAGACAAGGAGGCAGUUUGCAGUGACUGUCCGGAAGGCACUGAGGGACCGAAAUGCGAGGAGGUGGGUCCCAACAUCCCCUUGAUCGUGGGGCUGUCGGUGGGCCUCGGUGGCGGAGCCUUACUUAUCAUCAUCAUCAUCAUUGCUUACUUCAUGUAUAAGAACAAGACAUCUAAGAGCACAGCUUUAAGUGACCUUCCAGGCGGCAACAGUCGAAGUGUUGAGGCACUGCAGAUGCAGGACAAAAGGGAUUCCUUUUAAAGACUCAGCUGGUGGAUUGCAUGCAUGUUAUAUUAUGGUGUCUUAAAUACAAACUGUGCUUCAUGAAGUCAACAAAGCAAGAGUAUAAGGUUAUUCUAGAAAUUAAGGGUCCAGUUUUUUCGUGUCCCAGUCAAAUCUGACAUAUGAUUCUGUAAGUUCAGAACUGAUUUUCUCAUUUCCAAGGGUGAUGUAUUAAUGGAAAUUACCUG